GCGACAACAUUAGUGUCCCGAUCCGCUGGAGACACUUCACUGCUUCAUCAUCUGGUCACCUUUCAUCGGGUUGGGUCGGCUCACAGGAGGGUUGUCGAACAUGGUCUGCGGAGGAUUCACCUGCUCCAAAAAUGCUCUUUGUUCCCUCAACGUGGUUUACAUGCUGGUCGGGUUGCUGCUGAUCGGAGUAGCAGCAUGGGGGAAAGGGUUCGGCCUGGUGUCGAGCAUCCACAUCAUCGGAGGGGUCAUCGCGGUGGGCGUCUUCCUGCUGCUCAUCGCCAUCGUCGGGCUCAUCGGAGCGAUACAUCACCACCAAGUCAUGCUGUUCUUUUACAUGGUCAUUCUUUUUAUCGUUUUCCUCUUCCAAUUUGGAGUUUCCUGUUCCUGCUUGGCGAUGAACCGCGGGCAGCAGGAGACACUUCUGAACUUAGCUUGGAAAAAUUUGGAAAAUGACACCAAGACAGACCUGGAGAGUCAGCUGAACUGCUGCGGGCUGCUCAACGUCACCGCCAACCGGCAACAGUUUGAACAUGAUUUGCAAAACUGCCCCGCUUUAUGCAAAAAGAAAGGUUCCUGUUUCACCUGCGGGGAGAUGAUGCUGCAUCACGCAACAGAGGCUCUGAAGAUCCUCGGGGGGGUCGGACUCUUCUUCAGCUUCACAGAGAUCCUGGGAGUUUGGCUCGCCGUGCGCUACAGGAACCAGAAGGAUCCACGAGCAAACCCGAGUGCUUUCCUAUAGUCUGCCCCCCCUCCGUCACUCCACCUCCUGUGAAUACAGCGUAUUGCAGCAGAUGCAGUUUCAGACUACACACACACAAAUAAAUACACACUGGUAUACACACACAUAAACACACACUGGUAUACACACACACACACACACACACACACACACACAGAAUCAUGCACACCAGACAGAUAAUAACGGAGCCAAUAAAAACCAACAAUCAAGAAAAACAGCAGCAACACAGAACGGACGAGCGCACGAAGCAACUGACAAACACUGAGAAACACACACACACAUAAACACACACACACACACACACACACACCUGUCAACUGAGACUGAGAAGCUAACAGCUAACACCUGUCAACAAAUUUAACCACCACUCCUCCUCGCUCCUCCUCCUCACUCCUCCGCCUCAGAGCUCAAACUGGAAGACCUGGAUACUUAUGUAUGAAAGGAGGAUUUGUAAUACCAGGAAGUACUUGACUUGUUGGUAUGGCGACCACCCCAAGCCUUGAAUUUGAGUGCCAGAUCUCCGGAUUGCGGCUCUUCCUCCUCCUCUCGCCCUCGCUAUGUAGUUUUCCGGGCCGUGUAAAAAAAACAAAACAACAAGCGACAAGAAGACGUCUUCUUCUGCAUGCGUCCCACCACGCCUGCGCUUAAUACAAAGUUGUUGAUUUCAUUCCACACAACAACAACAACAACAACAACAACAACCCGAAAUGACUUUGUGCAGUGUCCAAAAAUUAACCUGUAUGCACCUUUUUUCUCUAAAUAGUAAUAGUGCCACCGACGAAUAUAUAUUCCUCUGGUCAGUGCUAUCAGUGAUGUGUAGAGAGCUGUGUAACCCAAACAUGUCCAGUGUGAGGAGCUACUGCUUUUUUUUUUUAGGAUAGAAGAAGAAGGAGAAGGAUAAGAAGGUAUAAACUGGACAUGUUGUGUAAAGUAGUUUUUUUGAAAUGUAAAUGUAAAUGUGGAGUUUUUUCUUUCUUUUUCU